AUGUCGCCUAAACGUAAAACAAUUGCUGCAACAGUUUCUUCGAAAACGACAAUAAAGCGUCAAUCUGAACGAGUUGUUGGUAAGAUAGUUCAUGAGGCAAAUAAAUCUGAUGUAAACGCACAAAAACAACAAUCUCGGCCUCGAUCAACCGGAAAAAAAAAUAAACGAUGUUAUAAAAGUAGUAAUCUCGAUAAUGAUUUGGAAGUAAUUACUGAAGAAGAUUUAAAAGAAAGUCCAAAAUCAAUGAGUAUUGAUUCCAAUGAUACUGAUUCAGGUCAACAAGAACUAUCAAUGUCUAAUUCUUGUUCUUCGAAUAGAAGUUAUGAAGAUAAAAAUGUCAAAACAUCAACAGCUUCUCAAUUUGAUAUUGCUGAUGAUGAUACAAGUGAAUUUGAAGCUAUGUUUAUGCCGAAAACACCUCGGUUAAAAGCUAAAUCAAACUACAAUUCAACACCAUUAGUACGAUCUCAGCACCAUAACCUAUCUGGCAUAUAUACCAAUGCUGAAUCACUCUCAUUACAUGGAAUGGAAAAUAACAUAAGUACACCAUUAUCAACCAUCAUCAUCAAUCAUCAAUCAACAACACCAAAUACAAGCAUCCAAAAGCUCAAUACACCUUCUAAUCCACGUGCCAAAUCAAAUUUAUUAUCUUCUAGUCAAGCGUCUGUUGGUAAUCAAUCUUUAUCUAACAUCAAUUAUACCACGAACAAUAGUGCUAUACUAGAAACGUUUAGCGAAUAUCGCAACUUAAAACGUGAUUUACAACAUGCGUUGAAUCAAAUUGAAAGUUGGAAGUCAGAUUAUAAUUCGUUAAAACGUCAAAUGGAAAAACUUAAAAAGAGUUCAUUUCCUCGUCCUACUGCUGAAGGUCGUGUUUUUAUCGAACAAUUAUUGGAAUCAUUAAAAUCUUCUGAAGAUGUACAAGAUAAACGUUCUUUAGGUCAAUUAGCAAUUGACAUUGGUGUGCCAGAAACAAUACUUUUAUCUUCUUCCAAUAUUGAUCCACAAAAAUCCGCUUUAAAUAUAUUUAAUUAUCUUUUUCCUACAAAUGAAGAUAAAGUAUCACUUUUAAAUGUUGCCAAGGUUAUGAUUGAAUAUCCAAAUUUAUUGGACGAUAUAUUUGUAACUGGUGAUCUUUUUGUUUCAGUAUUUGCACAACGAAAUGCACCCGGCUGCAGUUAUUCAUUAGCAUCAAUGAAGGAUGCUAUAGGAAAUUCUAUUCGUUGUGCUCGUCACAAGGUUAAAAUGGGGCACGCUAGAUUUGUUGCAGCAGCAGCAGUGAACCAAUUGAAUCAAAAUUAUGACAACCAUAAUGUUGAAUGA